AUGGCUGCCAGCGACGAUGGUCACAAGACCACAAAGGUGGUUGAUGUCAAGGGCCACGACCAAUCUCCCCUUGACAGCGGCGAUGAAUCUGGUUCGUCGUCGAUUGAGCACCCCUUUUCGGAUCCUGAAAUCGCAGACCGUUGGAGAAAGGUCUAUGAAAAGGCAGAGUAUGAGAAUCGUCACCGGUUUGAUCCCAGCUUUACUUGGACCGAUGGCGAAGAGAAGAAGCUUGUUCGAAAGAUCGACUUUCGGAUUUGUCUAUGGGCAUGGGUCAUGUUCCUCUCCCUAGACUUUCACCGUCGAAACAUCAACCGUGCUAUUUCCGAUAACAUGCUACCAGAGAUUGGCAUGAACACCAAUGAUUUCAACUAUGGCCAAACCAUCUUCCUAGUCUGCUUCCUCUCUGCCGAACUCCCCAGCGGUUUGAUCAGCAAGAAACUCGGUGCUGAUCGAUGGAUCCCAUUUCUCAUCUGCUGCUGGUCCCUUGUUUCUGGUUCCCAGGCCGCACUCCAGAGCAGGAGCGCUUACUUUGCCAUCAAGGCUCUUUUGGGUCUUUUGAUGGGUGGUUUCAUCCCUGAUAUCGUCCUCUGGCUCACCUACUUCUACAAGUCCAACGAGCUACCCCUUAGACUGGCCUUCUUCUGGACCGCUCUCAGCACCAGCAAUAUCCUCGGGUCUUUGCUUGCUGCUGGUAUUCUUCAGAUGAGAGGUAUCCUGGGAUGGGGCGGCUGGCGAUGGCUAUUCCUCAUCGAAGCAAUUGCCACAUUCAUCAUCGGUCUCUUUUCUUGGGUCCUCAUGCCCCCAGGCCCAUGCCAGACCAAGAAUUGGUUCCGUGGUAAAAACGGCUGGUUCAAUGAGCGUGAGGAGUACAUCAUGGUGAACAGACUUCUUCGCGAUGAUCCCAGCAAGGGAGAUAUGAACAACCGAGAAGCUGUCAACCUUUCUAAGCUCUGGAAGGCCGUCAAGGACUGGGAGCAGUGGCCGCUAUACAUCAUCGGUCUCAUGGUCUAUAUUCCUCCCUCGCCUUUCGCCACUUACCUGUCCUUCAUCCUCCGACAAAUCGGUUUCACCGUCUUCCAAGCCAAUCUUCUCGCCAUUCCCUCCCAGUUCCUUUUUGCAGUUAACCUGCUCAUCAUCACCUGGCUCUCAGGUCGCGUCAAGGAGCGAAGCAUACUAUCAUCCAUAUCCAACAUCUGGAUCUUCCCUUGGGUCCUCGCCCUAGUUGUCCUUCCCGCCGAUAUUUCCCCUUGGGUCCGAUACGCCCUCAUCACCGGCCUUCUCAGCUACCCAUACUGCCACGCCAUUCUCGUCGGAUGGAACGCCAAGAACAGCAACAGUGUGCGCACUAGAGCAAUCAGUGCCGCUUUGUACAACAUGACCGUUCAGAGCGGUAACAUUGCUGCGUCCAAUAUCUUCCGCGAAGAUGAUCAGCCAUUGUACCGUCGAGGAAACAGGGUGAUUCUUGGCAUCACCUGCGUCAACAUUUUUCUGUUCUACUUGGUCAAGUGGUUUUAUAUCUGGCGAAACCAGGUUCGCGACAGAAGAUGGAAUGCUUUGACCAAGGAGCAGCAGCAGGAUUAUCUUCUCAACACCAAGGACGAGGGUCAACAGCGCAUGGACUUUAGAUUCGUCCACUAG